AUUGUUCUAAAAUCUUUAUAAUUGCAAUGAAGUGGGUUUCGAUUGAUCCGUAAAUUAUAAAACUUGAAAUAUUUAUUCGUUAUUUACAAUACAUAAAGAACAUGGAUAAAUCAUCAGGAGACGAAAUAUGGAAGGAUUCGUUUGAUAAAUUGUUGGAACCGAGACCGCAACUAUGUAAACUGAACAUAAUAAAAGAGAGUGUAAGAUAUUCAUAUAAUAUCGACACUAGUGUAGAAAAUAGCAGCCACAGUAUAAAAGGUUGUUCACCAAAAAGUUGCAAUCAAAGUGUAUCUAUAUCAACACCUAAUUAUAAACGCUUUGGCAAGGAAUUGUUUAAUUGUGGUUUGUCUCCGAUUAACCGCGUACAACUUGAUGGUUUUGGAGACAUAACUGAGAAAUUCAAUGCCGAUCAGGAUGCAGGUUUGAUAGUACCACCUAAAAAUCAAAUUGACAAAUCUUAUAAAUUGACGUUUUAUCGUUCGAAGCAACGAUUUAGUAACCAAACAAAUAAGGUUGCUUGUGCUAGCAACCAAUCGAAUAAGAUUGUUGGUGCUGUACUAAAACCAGGAAAGUGGCGUAAGUCACUAAACAUUUUUCGCCAAACUCAAAUAAGUGCUCUAAAUGAAAGCAAAAAAUUGGAAAACCGGAACUCAGUAUGCCAGGAUCGGAAGUCAAUAUUUUUAAAUGGCUUUAAUAAGCAAAAGGUCAUUUGUCAACAAGACUUCUUAAAAUAUUGCAAUCAAGUCAAGCCCCUUAAAUUUAAUGCUGCAUAUGCACAACAUAAAAUGUUGAAAACCUACAAAAUAGGCGAAGGGGCUUACGGAGAAGUCUUUCGUUACACUCCAAACCGUAAAGGAUGUAAAAAUGAUCUAGUUUUAAAGAUAAUACCCAUCGAAGGUUCUAUCGAAGUUAAUGGAGAAAAACAAAAAAAAUUUGGUCAAAUUUGGCCAGAAAUAAUUAUUACUAAAAAAUUGAGCAGCACUCAAGGAUUCGCAAGCAUUGAAAAGGUAUCAACAGUAAAUGGAAAAUACCCACAACACUUUGUAAAACUUUGGGAACGAUAUGACGAUGAAAAAGGAUCAGAGAAUGACCAUCCUGGACUUUUUGAAGAAAAUCAACUUUUCGUAGUUUUAGAAUUACAUUUUGCAGGAAGUGACAUGUCAAAUGUUAUAUUUUUUAAUUCGGAACAGUCAUAUUACGCAUUGCAACAGAUUAUUCUGACUUUGGCUGUUGGUGAGGAAGAUUAUCAGUUCGAACAUAGGGAUCUCCAUUGGGGAAACAUAUUGAUAAAAUCUACCACUAAAAAACACAUUUGUUUUAAAUUUAAUAACACUGACUUGAUUGUGGAUUCGAAAGGAGUGAACAUAACUAUUAUUGACUAUACUCUUUCAAGAAUAACCAUUGAUGAAUGCUGCUACUUUAAUGACCUCUCAAAUGAUGAGGAACUGUUUCAGGCAUCAGGAGAUUAUCAAUAUGAUAUUUACCGAAUGAUGCGUAAUGAAUUAAAGAACAACUGGUCAUUAUUUUCCCCAAAAGCAAAUAUCCUAUGGUUGUCCUAUAUUAUUGCAAAGCUAAUGGAUAGCGUUAAAUAUAAAAGUAUCAAUUCAAAGGUUCACAGACUGCACUUUAACAAUCUAAAGGAACUGCAAAGCAUUAUACUGUUAUUUGAAAGCGGCGCACAUUGCGCGAGACAUAUGUUUAAUUUGAGAGAAGCGAACAAAGAACAUUCUUUUCCGUACGAAGUUUAAGCUUAUCUUGCAACACAACCUAUCAAAGUACUCAUGUAUGGGGACGUCUUGGUGAUGCUGACAGAUAGACGAGAAACGGAGAAAUAAAUAAAUUCACAUUUGACGAAGUAGAGAUACAUUAGACUCCCUUCAAAUACUCUGAACAAAUACUGAAAGAGCUUGAAAGUUAGGAUUAAGAAUAUAGAUUCUAGAUAUUCUUGGUCAGCGCAAGUGUACUUCAGCAGGGUGCCCACAUUUGUGGAGCGCACAUUUUUAAAGGUACAAUUUAAAAUAUUUUUAGUUUUUAUAUUAAUAUGCUUGUUUAUAAUAGGUAUAAUAGGUACAUACAUUACGCCCGUAUCUAGAAAGAACUUCGUCAGUGACGACAUAUAUACAAUUUCUGAAACCAUGUGCUCUUAACCUUUUUUGCCUCUAGCAGCUGAAAUCACAAAGAGGCACAUCUAAAACUUACAAAUAUCAA